AUGGACGCUGCUCCGGAGCCCGGAUCUGCAGUGCCCGUCCUCCUGGUGACUCCGCAGCCCGAGGUGUUGGAGGAGGUGCUGCACCAGCUUUUUGGGCCGCUGCCCCAGAUGGCUGCCAUCUGCCGGCUCAAGCGGCUGCCCUCUGGCGGCUACUCAUCCACCGAGGACCUCGGCUUGGUGCUGGAGCGCCGGCGCGUGGCCAACGCCAAGGAGCGCGAGCGGAUAAAAAACCUCAACCAUGGUUUUGCCAAGCUGAAGGCCCUGGUGCCAUUUCUUCCCCAAAACAGAAAGCCUAGCAAAGUCGAUAUCCUUAAGGGUGCAACUGAAUAUAUACGAGUUCUCAGUGAUGUUUUGGAAGGAGCCAAAGACUCAAAGAAACAGGGCCCAGAUGUGCAGAUCCAUAGCAACAAUACUUCUGAUCCACAUAUGUCCGUGGCUAGAGAGCUAUCGAGAAACAUCCAGCAUGCCAGCAAUGCCAUUGCCUUGAAGAGUGAAGAGGAAGGGCCCUGGCAGUGGUGA